UUGUCGCAGCUCUGAAUCUGAACAAUCCUCUACUCUCCAAUCCCCUCUCUCACACAUAUCAUCCUCCAUCCUCCCGCACAUCAUCCUCCAAGAUGGCCAUCAACAGCGUCUCGCGACAGGCGCUCCGCCGAUCCAUGGCUGCCCCAUCCACCUGGACCCAGCGCUCCGCCCUCAAUGCCAGCCGCACAUAUGCUUCAUCCAGCAAAAGCGCAUCCCUGAAGGAGACCUUCGCUGCGAGCUUGCCGGAGAAGAUUGAUCAGAUCAAGAAGCUGAGGAAAGAGCAUGGACACAAGGUGGUCGGCGAGGUCACCCUCGACCAGGUCUACGGUGGUGCGCGUGGUAUCAAGUCGCUCGUCUGGGAGGGUUCAGUCCUCGACUCCGAGGAGGGUAUCCGCUUCCGUGGCCGCACCAUCCCAGAAUGCCAGGAAAUUCUGCCAAAGGCGCCCGGUGGUCAGGAGCCUCUCCCAGAAGGUCUCUUCUGGCUUCUCUUGACCGGUGAGGUCCCAUCUGAGCAGCAGGUCCGCGAUCUGUCCGCUGAGUGGGCCGCCCGCGCUGAGGUCCCCUCGUUCGUCACCGAGCUCCUCGACCGCUGCCCAUCCGACCUUCAUCCAAUGGCUCAGUUCUCUCUCGCCGUCACCGCUCUCGAGCACGAGUCUGCAUUCGCCAAGGCCUACGCUCGCGGCAUCAAGAAGGCCGAGUACUGGGAGCACACCUUCGAGGACAGCAUGGAUCUCAUCGCCAAGCUGCCCACCAUUGCCGCCCGCAUCUACCGCAACGUCUACAAGGACGGCAAGGUCCCAGCCAUCCAGAAGGACAAGGACUACGGCUACAACUUGGCCAACCUCCUCGGAUUCGCCGAGAACUCUGACUUUGUCGAGCUCAUGCGUCUCUACCUGACCAUCCACACCGAUCACGAGGGUGGUAACGUCUCUGCCCACACUACCCACCUGGUCGGCUCUGCUCUCAGCUCGCCCAUGCUCUCGCUCGCCGCUGGUCUGAACGGUCUCGCUGGCCCACUUCACGGUCUCGCCAACCAGGAGGUCCUCAACUGGCUCCAGGAGAUGAAGAAAUCGGUUGGAUCUGAUCUCUCCGACGAGAACAUCACCAAGUAUCUCUGGGACACCCUCAAGUCUGGCCGUGUCGUGCCCGGAUACGGCCACGCCGUGCUCCGCAAGACCGACCCUCGCUACGUCUCCCAGCGCGAGUUCGCCCUCAAGCACCUUCCUGAUGACCCAAUGUUCAAGCUCGUCUCGCAAGUCUACAAGAUUGCUCCCGGUGUUCUCACCGAGCAUGGAAAGACUAAGAACCCAUACCCCAACGUUGACGCCCACUCUGGUGUGCUUCUCCAAUACUACGGUCUCACCGAGCAGAACUUCUACACCGUCCUCUUCGGCGUCAGCCGUGCUAUCGGUGUCCUGCCACAGCUCAUCAUCGACCGCGCCGUCGGCGCCCCAAUUGAGAGGCCCAAGUCUUUCAGCACUGAGCACUGGGCUAAGCUCGUCGGAGCUAAGCUCUGAAUCCCUCAUAAAAUGAAGCCCCGCGUGGUCAACCCGCAUAUCCGUCGCGCGCUUGAUUUGUUGGGCGGUAAUGGAGGUGGAAGGGAG